AGGUAGAUAACAAGCGGCCCCACCCCACCACUGGGCAUGGAGCUUGGAGGCGGAGGGCGAGGCCCCGGCGACCGCGUCCGGCGGCAGCUACAGUCGGUGGGGCGGCUGGCAGCUUACCUCGGCGGCGGAUUCCUCCUCCUCUCCGCCGCCUCCUCCGUCGCCGUCCGCUCCCUCCGCGCCCUCUCCGACGCCAACCAGAGGAAGUUCGCGAUGCCGUGCGGCGCCUGCGAGGGGAAGGGCACCUACGCGUGCAGGCUCUGCAGGGACAGCGCCACCAUCCAGUGGUCUCCGAUGCACGACCCGGUGUUCGUCAACCCGUGCCUGUGCCCUACCUGCGAUGGGACCCGGGUGCAGCGCUGCUUGAACUGCCUGGGAAAUGGUUACGCUUGAAGAAGCAAUAAUUGUGCUUAUCUUGAUCGAUGAACUUUCCUCGCACGGUUAGUUUUCAUUACGGUAGAUGAUUGUUAGUUGGGGAGUUGGUAUUAAGAGUCACAGUUGAACGUUAGCCACUAACACACAGGGAAACCAAGCUGUUCUUGUUGCUGUUGGGAGCUAGUGUACCUGACGGAUUGUUGAAAUGAAAUGAUUUCUGCAGGGUGCUGUUCCUAUUCUAAAUGAGAGAUUAACGGGUGAAAUGGAAGUGACAUGCUUGUACACCCUUAUGUGCCAGAAGUACAAAUUUCAGUUGUUUGGUGAAAGAUGUAUCUAUGGUUGUAAUUGUGUGCCAUGCGUACAAGCCAAGAUCAUGGUGGCAAGCUGUGCUGAAUUUCGCCUAUAUGUUAGUAUGAAAUAAUUUAUUGCAUUUUUGUAGUUUGCAGCUUCUUGGCUUUGUUUAUCCUGACCACAUAGCAGUGGUCUGUUUUGCUUGAACUGAAUCUGAACUUCUGAAGACCGCUAUUAUCUUCUUUUUUCUGCU